AUGAUUAUUUGGCGACGUUUUAUUCAUACGUCUAUACCACAUUUUACCCAAACAGCUCAAGCAACACAAUCACCAUUAAGUAUUUUGAGGCGUAAAACAGGUUAUUCAUUGAUACAUUGUCGAAAAGCUUUAGAACAAUUUAAUAAUAAUGUUGAAGAAGCUGAAUUAUGGUUGCAUCAACGUGCACAACAAGAAGGUUGGAGUAAAGCAACAAAAUUACAAACGAGAACGGCUACACAAGGUCUAAUUGGAAUGAUUAUGAAAUCAAAUCAAGCGGGUGCAAUGGUUGAGGUAAAUUGUGAAACUGAUUUUGUGGCAAAAAAUGAAAAAUUUCAACAAUUAGUUGGCCAAGUAGCCACAAGUUUAUUAAUGAAUAAUGAAAAUAUAAAUGAUAAAAUAUUCUUUGAUAAAGAAUCAUUGUCAACAAUACCAACGUUUGAUGAUAAAUCGAAAACAUUGGCUGAUUUAGCGGCACUGUUCGUAGGCAGUGUGGGAGAAAAUGUUGUUUUAAGACGAGGGGUGAUAUUGCCAAUUAAAAACAAUCAAUUUUUGGCAUCUUAUUGUCAUGGACAAUUAGGAGAAAGUUUACAAUCGUGUCGUGUUGGAAAAUAUGGAGCUUUAGUAUCCUAUUCAUCAGCAACAGCAGUAGAAACAACAAGUAAACAAGAACAACAACAGGAAGACGAUGAAAACGAAGGUUCAUCAAUCCCUCACACAAUGAUUCGUCCUUAUCCACUUCGUACCAUAUUUACUAACAAUCAACAACAACAAAAAACAAUUGAACUUAGUUCCUAUUUGGAUGCUGAAGAGAAUACUGAAAUUCGACAUGAAUUUUUAAAUGGAAAUGUUUAUGCUCUACCAACGGCCGACAAUAUUCAAGAUAUUUUAUUAAAAAAUAUUCGUGUAUAUCUUGAAAAACAAUUUUCCGAUUAUCAUGUAUUACCCUCUUAUAUUCGUAUACAAACACCUGAUCCAACAUUUAUCUAUUAUCCCAGUUUAUGUUUGACAAAACAGUCACUUAAACAAGAUCAACAUAUUACACGUGAACCACUAUUAAUCAUUGAAAUUAUUACACCAUCUACUGAACGUUUAAUAUUAUAUGAAAAAUCAUUGAAUUAUCAACGUAUACCAUCCUUGCAAGAAAUUGUUUACAUUUGGCCUAAUUUAAAAAUUUCACACGUUGAUAGACGUUCAAAUGAUCAACAAUGGAAACGAGAAUAUUAUAGUUUAAAUGAUACAGUAGAAUUAAAAUCACUUAAUGGACAUAUUGUAUUAGCGGAUAUAUUUAAUAGUGUGGUAAGUACAGUUUUCGUAUAUUGGAAAUCCAGAAAGAACUGA